GUUUUCCUAUGGAAAUGGUCUCCCAAUACCAAUGCAGCCCUCUUCGUCGUCGUCCGAGUCCAAGGGGGGUUGUUCCUCGUCGUCGCCCGAAAAAUGACAGCUUAUUUGACAGCGUAAUAUGGGAGGGUCACGAGGGUGUCCGCUGGGAGGUGUGACUUUUCCCCUUUUGUAUAUUUGGACUCCCUCCUUCCUUCGACUCAUCCCCAAACAGCACCCCUCCCGAUACAUACGAUGACAGUCCUACGAGCUCUCUACCACAAUGUCGUGCGCACGCAGGCCGUCGCCCCGGCGGCUGGUGUCAAGUCGCCACGCAGGAUGUAUUCUACAGGGCCGGCUGGGAAGAUCGGCUUCAUCGGCCUCGGGCAGAUGGGCUACGGCAUGGCCGCCAACCUGUACCGCGCAACGGCCUCCACCCACAAAUGGGUCAUCGCCGACAGCAAUCCCUCGACACUUACGCGUUUCAUCGACACAGUCCCAUCCUCCACCACCCCCAAAGCCACAACCCCUAUAACAUCCCUCGCGAACCCCUCCGACAUUGCCGCCCAAUCCGACGUGAUUGUGACGAUGCUGCCGGCGGGGAAGCAUGUGCGCGCGGUGUAUGAGCAGCUGAUUAAGGGGUUGAAACCCGGGACGCUGUGCAUUGAUUGUAGUACGAUUGAUGUGAAGACGGCGAAGGAGGUGGCCGGGUGGGUCGCGGAUAAAGGGGGGAAGAUGGUUGAUGCGCCUGUUUCUGGUGGCACAACCGCAGCAAACGCCGGCACGCUGACCUUCAUGGUCGGCAGCAAAACCCCCGCCGAUUUGGACGCCGCCAAACAGUUCCUCCAACACAUGGGCAAGACCAUCCACGCCUGCGGCACCAUCGGGACAGGCCAAGCCGCCAAAAUCUGCAACAACAUGAUGUUGGGGAUCAGUAUGGUUGGCGCCAGCGAGGCCUUGAAGUUGGGCGAAUCCCUCUCCCUCCCCCCGUCCCUCCUCCUCAAAAUCCUCAACACCUCCUCCGGCCGCACCUGGGUCUCCGACACCUACCCUCCCGUCCCCAACAUCCUGCCCCAUGUGCCUUCCUCCAACGAUUACAACGGUGGGUUCGGCUCGGCGCUUAUGGCGAAGGAUCUGGGGUUGGCGAUGGCGGCGGCGGAGGAGACGGGUGUAAAUGUGAAUGUGGGGAGGGCCGCGGAGGGGGUUUACAGAGAGGUUGCAAGUAGUGAGGUGGGGAGGGGGAAGGACUUUUCGGUGGUUUGGAGGUGGUUGGGGGGUGGGGAGAAGUAGAUGGUCGGUCGUUUGUGUGAACCGACCUAGUCAGUUUACUUCAUGCACCAGAAAGAAUAGAUCUGUAACGUUCCCCUCUCAGCGUAGAUAGCGUAGCACCUGUUCAUGAUUGGCAAUCGGCAUGUCAAGAUUCUCAUAAACGUAUGGGCCACACAGGAGAGUUGUUCCUCAAAUAUAUUCUUGCUUCACGGCCAUACCAAAAGAAACAGAAAGUUGAGCGAAGGCCGUAGUGCCGCGGAGAACCUGCUCCCGACCCAUCCACAAAAGAUAGCCGUACGCAACCCACAGUCCCGCUCAAUGCCGCUCUGUUAGAUC